AUCACUGGUAACUUUUGUUUGUCUAUCAUCUUUUCUGUUUUUCACUUAUUUUAGUUUCAUGACAGCGCAGCAGCUUAGAGAGGCUAGCAUUGAUGCUACCACUAACAGAUCCUCGUGAUCAUAAGGUUUGUUGGAGGUCAUGAUGAAACUGCAGUUCUGUUAAUCUUUCCAUAAGUUUAUAGCUUUAUACAAGAUCGUAACGUGUUGCUUUGAGAGCAGCAUUUAAGUACAUUUUAUACGUCUAGUAACUACAAAUUAUUUUUUUUACUUCAGUCUGUUCUUUACUAAUACACAUUUAAAGUUGCAAAUUUCAUAUUGUCAGACUAAUAACACACUAAGUACGUCUGUGUUGAUAAAUAAAUUGUGUUUAUUCAGGUGCAUCAACYAUGAUUUGUUUCUGAACUAGAUGAGUGAAAAGGUUUCAUUUGUCGUGUUUGUCAUGCAGACAAUUUUCGCAUUGUUUUGCAAACUUACGUUAUAGCGGAAUUCUCGCGAGAUUUGAGCAAACYACACUACAGCACAACCUUGAACGGUUCGAUGUGAAUGCCAGCUGAACCAUGGCCAGAGUUCAGAUCAGAAAGUACCAGGAUGGUGAUGCUGAGAGCGUGAAGGAGAUCUUCACCAUGGGGAUGAAGGAACACAUACCUUCAACCUUCACGCACGUCCUAAAGCAGCCGCUGACCCAGAUGGUGCUCAUGUGCACAUUCUGUGCUCUCCUGACCAGCUCCAAGUCCUUCCUCCUGCCCAUCCUGGCGGUCAGCCUUCUUCUGGCCGCAGGCCGGCACGUGGUCGCUUCCUUUUUUAACAGUUACACAGAAGAUUCCCUGAAGACUGACCUCAGCAGCAUCAGCGAGACUUACCUGGAAAAGAAGAACUCGUGUUUCUGGGUGGCUGAGAGCGAUGGACGGGUGGUCGGGARGGUGGCUUGUCUUCCUGCUGAAAAUGCACCCGAGUGCCUGGAACUGAAACGCAUGUCAGUGCGCCGCAGGUAUCGUGGGAUGGGCAUCGCCAAGACUUUGUGUCGGACGGUAGCAGAGUUUACUCGUGACAGGGGAUACGCUGCUGUCAUCCUGUACACCUCCAUGGUUGCGACAGACGCUCAGAAACUCUACGAGCACAUGGGUUACCAGAAGAUAAGAGAGCUCACUCUGCCCGACUUUGUUGCCAAAAUCAUCAACUUCACCCUGGUUGAGUACAGACUUGAUUUACAGCCUGAUGAAAAAGACUGAAAUCAAUUUUUUUAUCACUAACUGGCUGUAUCUUAAAGCAGUCACUUUGUCAGAACAUUAUCUCCUAUUCAUGUUUCUACUGUUAAACUCUCUGCUCAACAUGAUGUACUUGUUGCAGACCAUGGUGACUCCUUUACAGCGCAUUCAUAAAGUAUUCAAAUAUACUAUUUAAAACUACAACUAUAAACAUCCAAGUAUUUCACUGGGAUUUAAUCUGAUAGACCAACACAAAGUAGAGAAUAACUUUCAAGUGGAAGAAAAGUGAUCCAAUAUUUUCAAAUUUUUUACAAAUAAAAAUCUGAAAAGUGUAACAUCCA